CACAGGUUUAUUAAUUAUUUGUUUUUUUUUACAUCUGUUGACAUUCAUGACAUCCAUAUUAAUCCAUAUAAAAGGCAAUAAAAUAAGAUUAACAAACAACAAUAGCACAAUUUAUUGCAUCAAAGACUAAAUUAAUUAUCAAAAAAUCAAAGGAUCAAUUGAGUUUCAGGGUUCAAAAUGAAUACAAAAAAAAUAUGUGUUGAGACAGACCAAGCAACCUCUGUUGAGACUGAUGGUGAUCGAAAAGUUGUCAUCAACUCACUGGACUACGACUCAUUAGCAAAAAUCAUCUCGCUGCUGCCAAUACCAGAGAGGAUAGACAUGGAAGAAGUUUGUACCAAAUGGAAAGAGGCAUGCCAACUAGCUUGGUAUGACAUUAAAAAAUACAAAUGUAAAUCAUCAAUUGGACGUUCUUAUGAUAACCUUUUGUUGACACAAUCUUACCUCGAAAAAAUAUUAUUAAGAUGUAGUAAUUAUCUAAUGGAAUUGUCUCUCUCAAAUGUUUGUGAUUCAAGUAUCAUGCCAUUUAUUGGUAAUCACUGUAAAAAUUUGACAACCUUGGAAUGUGAAUUUUAUGAUAAUACCUUAAUUAAUAAUGCUGAUCAUUUUGUUCAAGCAUUUACACAGUUGGAUAAAUUGAAAUGCAUCAAAAUAACGGUGACUCACAUUAACUGGAGUAAGACAAUUAAUCUCUCUGCAAUAAUUGAUAGUCUUCCAGAAGACAUUAAUGAAAUUCAUUUAUUUUCUAAACCACCUUUUUGGAAUCAAAAAGGACAAAAUAUUUCUAUGUGUUUUCAGACCGUUCAAAGAUUCAGAAAUCUCAAAAAAUUAACAUCAGUUGGCUUCUGUUUAGACAGUAUAAACCUUCAAGAAAUAGCAGACAUAACAACACUUGUUUAUCUUCACAUUGGAUUAUAUGAUAAACACGCAAACUUUCCUUCAUUUAAUAAACUCGUUAAUUUAGAAUACAUCGACUUAACAAUGAGUGCAAAGUAUGAAGCGAAGAACCUUUCUACAAUAGAAGUUAAUACUAUUAUUUGUACAUGCAAAAAUCUAAAACAUCUUGAUAUUCCAUCGGGGCAUUAUGAUCUAGAUGAAAUUCCUCUUGCGAAAUGGAUAAAUUUUAAAAACUUGGAAUAUCUUGGUAUUUAUUGUAAUAUAAUGCCUGACUUAGCAAAUACAAUUGUUAAAUAUUGCAAGAAUUUAAAACACUUAAAGAUAAGUCCUAAUGACUCGACCAUGAAUGAAACUGCUUUAAAGAAGCUAACAGAGUUGGAAAAUCUUGAAAGUUUAAUAUUUCUCCCUUGUACUAAGCUGAGUGAAGGAUCAAUAAUUGCAAUUUCAAACAAUUGUAAAAAACUUAAACGUUUAGAAAUUUCUCAAUGUAUUAUAGUAUCACCUAUUGAUGGUGAGCCACUUUCUUCUUCAUCUGUUCUUGAUGAGUUAUCAAAAUUACAAUAUCUGGAACAUCUAAAUUUAAGUUUUGCAAAAAAUCUUGGAGCCAGUACAAUUAUUGCUAUUGCUAAUAAUUGUAAAAACCUAAAAAGUUUAAAUAUUCAGGGUAAAAGUAGUCAUAUUACUGAUACAACUCUCGUUGCUUUAACAAACAUGAAAAAUUUAGAAAAACUGAACGUAGGCCAUGAUAUUUCAGACAGCUUCAUUAUCAGAUUAAGAGGAUUAAAAGAAUUCGAUUGUUCUUAUUGCGACGAACUUACAGAUGUUGGUAUUAUUCAAUUUAUAAAAAAUAACCCAGAUCUUGAAAAGAUUGAUCUUUUCGCUAUUACUGAUUUGACAAGUGACUUGGUUAUUGCUGCUGAUCUGGCAACUAAAAAUCGUACAAAUGGUAUCAUUUUACAUAUGAGAAUAAGCGAUGGGUCAAUAAUCAAAGCUUCUAAGUCAAUAAUUAAAUCUCAAUGGUUGGUUGUUGAAUAUUGUUUUUCUUAAAUUUAUCGUAUACUUUCUCUUCUAUUUAUACGCUCAAUAUUUUUCCAUAAUGUAUUUUUAGAAAGACAUAAAAUACGUUACCAAGUCAAAGACAUUGUAA